AUGUUCAAAUUUGUAGUAUUGUCAGCCGCUUUAAUUGCUGGAGGAUUUGGCAAUCCUCUAAGCAAAAAUGAAUUUUCUUAUGAAAAUAAGGAUACUAUGUAUUUUCCUGACAGUCGAGGAAAUUUGUAUCUGAUCAAUUUAAAAGGAGCUGAUGAUCCUUCUAAUAGGGCUACUGAGAAACCAGUCAUUUUCAAUUUAUUCACAAGGUCAAACCCAGACACUGCCCAGGUUUUGGUAUUGGGUGACAAAGAAAAUUUGAAAAAUUCCAAUUUUAAUCCUGCUCAUCCUACAAGAUUUACAGUACACGGUUGGAUGUCUGAACAAGACAAUCCUUUUAACAGUAUCAUACGUGAAGCUUACCUUGAACAAGGAGAAUUCAACGUAAUCGUAGUAGAUUGGACUGCAUCUUCCAACACCAUCAACUACAUCAGUGCAGUAAACGCCGUGACUCCAACUGCCUUAAAAGUUGCCGAAAUGAUCGACUUUUUUAGCAGAAAAUGCAGGAAUCAAACCAACGAUGUCCACAUGGCAGGACACAGUCUUGGAGCACAUGUUGUUGGAGUUGCUGGAAGAAAUGUAAAGAGUGGAAAAAUCCAUACUGUUGUAGGCUUGGACCCUGCCCUUCCUCUUUUCUCAAUCAGCAACCCCGAAAAACGUAUUGACACAAACAGCGCAGAAUACGUAGAAAUUAUUCAUACUAAUGGUGGAACUUUAGGAUUUUUGGAACCUUUGGGACAUGCUGACUUCUACCCCAACGGAGGCAAAAAACAAGUCGGCUGCGAAAACGACUUUGCUGGCUCUUGUUCCCAUAGCCGUUCAUUCCAAUACUUUACUGAAUCUUUGUCCUCUAAGGCAGCUUUUUGGUCAUGGAAUUGCUUAAGUUAUGAUGAGCUGGUUGAUGGAACUUGCCACGUUAUCAAUGAAAUGAUGCCAAUGGGAACACUCAGAGGAGUUGAAACCAAUCACAAUAAAGCUAAAGGUAUCUUCUUGAACAAAACUAACAAGGAAUUACCAUUUGCAAAAGGACAACCCAUUGGAGAUUCCAGUACCAUUGUUGUUUAG